AUGGUCAAACAUACAACUAAAAGAGAUGUUACGGCAUUACUUCUACAACCACCAGAAAUGCUGCUCCAAGGCUUGUUACGCGGCGAUAUUUCAAUAGGUAAAGUGAAACAAGUUCGAUCAUCAAUGUCGCUAUCCGUCAAUAAAUCUGAACAUUCUUACCCUAUUUGUUUUAACAACCUCUUGCAAAGAUGCGACAAGAUUUUGAUGCCAUUUAUUAGGCCUAUUUUCAAUGCUGCUAUUUUAGCUGAUUUCUCAGUAGCUGUUGGUGAGUUCAAAAAAGUUUGCUGA